AUGAAUUUCUCUUUCCUUUUUCUUUUUCUCUCUCUCUGUCUCUCUUUCCUUUUUCUUUUUCUCUCUCUCUCUCUCUUUCCUUUUGUCUCUUUUUUUUCUUUUCUUUCUCUCUCUCUCUUUUCCUUUUUUUCUCUUUCUCUCUCUUUCCUUUUCUUUUCUCUCUCUCCUCUUCCCUUUUCUUUUUCUUUCUCUCUUUCUCUUUCCUUUUCCUUUUCCCUCUCUCUCUUUCCUUUUCCUUUUCUCUCUCUCUCUCUUUCCUUUUUUUCUCUCUCUCUCUCUCCUUUUCUCUCUUCUCUCUUUUCUUUUCUCUCUCUCUCUUUCCUUUUUCCUUUUCUUUCUUUCUUUCUUUCUCUCUCUCUCUUUCCUUUUCUUUUCUCUCUCUCUCUUUUCCUUUUCUUUUUCUCUCUCUCUCUCUCUUUCCUUUUCUUUUCUCUCUCUCUCUUUUCCUUUUCUUUUCUCUCUCUCUCUCUUUCCUUUUCCUUUUUCUCUCUCUCUCUCUUUCCUUUUCCUUUUUCUCUCUCUCUUUCCUUUUCCUUUUUCUCUCUCUCUUUCCUUUUCCUUUUUCUCUCUCUCUUUCCUUUUCCUUUUUCUCUCUCUCUUUCCUUUUCCUUUUUCUCUCUCUCUUUCCUUUUCCUUUUUCUCUCUCUCUCUUUCCUUUUCCUUUUCUCUCUCUCUUUCCUUUUCCUUUUCUCUCUCUCUUUUCCUUUCCUUUUCUCUCUUUCCUUUCCUUUUUUUCUCUCUCUUUCCUUUUCCUUUUCUCUCUCUCUCUUUCCUUUUCCUUUUCUCUCUCUCUCUUCCUUUUCCUUUUUCUCUCUCUCUUUCCUUUUUCUUUUCUCUCUCUCUCUCUUUCCUUUUUCUUUUUCUCUCUCUCUCUCUUUCCUUUUUCUUUUUCUCUCUCUCUCUUUCCUUUUUCUUUUUCUCUCUCUCUCUUUCCUUUUUCUCUCUCUCUUUCCUUUUUCUCUCUCUCUUUCCUUUUCUUUUUUUCUCUCUCUCUCUUUCCUUUUCUUUUCUCUCUCUCUUUUCCUUUUCUCUCUCUCUCUCUUUCCUUUUUCUCUCUCUCUCUCUUUCUUUUUUUUCUCUCUCUCUCUUUCUUUUUCUUUUCUCUCUCUCUCUUUCUUUUUCUUUUCUCUCUCUCUCUUUCUUUUUCUUUUCUCUCUCUCUCUUUCUUUUUUUUCUCUCUCUCUCUUUCUUUUUCUCUCUCUCUUUCUUUUCUCUCUCUCUCUUUCCUUUUCUCUCUCUCUUUCCUUUUCUCUCUCUUUUUCUUUUUUCUCUCUUUUCUUUUUCUCUCUUUUCCUUUUCUCUCUUUCCUUUUUCUCUCUCUUUCCUUUUCUCUUUUCCUUUCUCUCUCUCUCUUUUCCUUUCUCUCUCUCUUUUCUUUCUCUCUCUCUUUCCUUUUCUCUCUCUCCUUCCUUUUCUCUCUCCUUCCUUUUCUCUCUCUUUCCUUUUCUCUCUCUUUUUCCUUUUUCUCUCUCUUUCCUUUUUCUCUCUCUUUCCUUUCUCUCUCUCUCUUUCCUUUCUCUCUCUCUCUCUUUUCCUUUCUCUCUCUCUUUCCUUUUCUCUCUCUCUCUCUCUUUCCUUUCUCUCUCUCUCUCUUUUCCUUUCUCUCUCUCUCUCUCUCUCUCUCUCUCUCUCUCAUCACUUUUUUUUUCUCUCAGUGUCCUCUUUUAUUUCUCUAUUCAGGUGUCCACUUUUAUUUCUCUCUACUUUCUCUAUUCAGGUGUCCUCUUUUAUUUCUCUCUACUUUCAAUCAACCUCUUAUUCGGUAUGAUGGAGAAUCCGCCCUACAUCUUGAAGCCAGAACAUUUCGAUUGCUCACUUGUCCUCAUCCCCUUUGGAUUGCUCACUUGUCCUCAUCCCCUUUCGAUUGCUCACUUGUCCUCAUCCCCUUUUGCUCACUUGUCCUCAUCCCCUUUCGAUUGCUCACUUGUCCUUAUCCCCUUUGAUUGCUCACUUGUCCUUAUCCCCUUUGGAUUGCUCACUUGUCCUUAUCCCCUUUGGAUUGCUCACUUGUCCUCAUCCCCUUUGGAUUGCUCACUUGUCCUCAUCCCCUUUCGAUUGCUCACUUGUCCUUAUCCCCUUUGGAUUGCUCACUUGUCCUCAUCCCCUUUGGAUUGCUCACUUGUCCUCAUCCCCUUUGGAUUGCUCACUUGUCCUCAUCCCCUUUCGGUUGCUCACUUGUCCUCAUCCCCUUUCGGUUGCUCACUUGUCCUCAUCCCCUUUCGGUUGCUCACUUGUCCUCAUCCCCUUUCGAUUGCUCACUUGUCCUCAUCCCCUUUCGAUUGCUCACUUCUUUUCUUUUCUCUUCUCUUUCUUUUCUCUUUCUCUUCCUUUUCUUUUCUUUUCUCUUUUUUCUUUUUUUUUCUUUCUUUUUUUUCUUUUUUUUUUUUUUUCUUUUUCUUUUUUUUUUUUCUUUCUUUUUUUUUUUUUCUUUUUUAUCUUUCUUUUUUAUCUUUCUCUUUUAUCUUUCUCUUUUUUAUCUUUCUUUUUUAUCUUUCUCUUCUUUCUUUUUAUCUUUCUCUUUUAUCUUUCUUUUUAUCUUUCUUUUUUUAUCUUUUUUUUUUCUUUUUUUCUUUUUUUUUCUUUUUUUUCUUUUUUUUUCUUUUUUUUUUUCUUUUUUUUUCUUUUUUUUUGUUUCUCUUUUUUCUUUCUCUUUUUUUUUUUUCUUUCUUUUUUUUCUUUCUCUUUUUUUCUUUUUUUUUUUUCUCUUUUUCUUUUUCUUUUUCUUUCUUUUUUCUUUCUCACUUUUUCUUUCUCACUUUUUUCUCACUUUUUUUUUUGUUUUUCUUUUUCUUUCUUUCUCUUUUCAUUUUUUUUCUUUUUUUUUUUUUUUUUUUUCUUUUUCUUUCUCUUUUCUUUCUCUUUUUCUUUUUUUUUUUCUUUUCUUUUUUUUUCUCUUUUUCCUUUUUGAUUUUUCUUUCUCUUUUUUUCUUUUCUCUUUUUCUUUCUUUUUUCUUUUUUUCUUUUCUUUCUUUUUUUCUUUUUUUUUCUUUUCUUUCUUUUUUUUUUUUCUUUUUUUUCUCUUUUUCUUUCUCUUUUUUUCUUUUUCUCUUUUUCUUUCUCUUUUUUUCUUUUUCUCUUUUUCUUUCUCUUUUUUUCUUUUUCUCUUUUUCUUUCUUUUCUCAAAGACUUUAUUAA